UUAAGAAUCCCCCACAUCUACAUAAAUCUUCCUCCACCACAGCUCCCCUCCAGACGGAGAGAGAGAGAGAGAGAGAAAGCAGAAGCAACAAGAGCUCUGAAAACCAAUUACAUUUCCUACUAAAGCUCUUGAGCUACAAAAAUGGGCGAAGAGAAGAAAGAGGAAGAAAAGAAAGAGGAAGUGAAGGAGGAGGAGAAGAAAGAGGAAGAGCCUGCUGAGAUUGUACUUAAGGUUGAUAUGCAUUGUGAAGCUUGUGCAAGAAAAGUUGCUAGAGCCUUGAAAGGAUUUGAAGGAGUGGAGGAGGUAACCACAGAUAGCAAAGCUAGCAAGGUGGUGGUGAAAGGCAAAGCAGCAGACCCUGUAAAGGUAUGUGAGAGGCUGCAAAAGAAAAGUGGAAGGAAAGUGGAGUUAAUUUCACCUUUGCCAAAGCCACAAGAAGAAAACAAGCAAGAAAACAAAGAAGAAGCACCAAAGGAAGAGAAAAAGGAGGAGCCUCCUGCUGUAGUGACAGUUGUAUUGAGCGUUCGAAUGCAUUGCGAAGCAUGUGCUCAAGUUUUACAAAAGCGAGUUCGAAAGAUCCAAGGUGUAGAAUCGGUUGAAACGGAUCUAGCUAAUAGUCAAGUAAUAGUAAAGGGCGUGGUCGAUCCGACAAAGCUAGUUGAUGAUGUGUAUAAGAAGACUAGAAAGCAAGCAUCCAUAGUGAAAGAUGAAGAGAAGAAGGAAGAAGAGAAGAAAGAAGAGGAGAAGAAGGAAGAAGGAGAAAAGAAAGAUGGUGAAGAAGGAAAGGGAGAGGAAGAUAAGAAGAGUGACAUCAAAAGAAGUGAAUAUUGGUCAUCAAAGUCUUACUUAGAGUAUGUUUAUGAUCCUGAAAUAUUCAGUGAUGAGAACCCCAAUGCUUGCUCUGUUAUGUGACUAAAUUAUAUUGCACUUUUGAUGAACUUUAGUUGUAUAAUGUAUGCAAUUUUCUAUGUAGUAAUAUGCUAAUAAGACAUUGGCAUGACAAGAACAAUCCUUAACGUACUAUAAUUAAGUGAAUUUUGCUAUUUA